CGUUUUUGUGUUUCAUAUACUCCAGACUAUUAUUUUAUCAUUUGAGCUCAAUAGCCCGACCAGUGGAACGACUACAAUGGCAAGCAGGAUCCGUCUUUCUCAUGCCGAUUACACGGUUGGAUGGAUAUGCGCCCUAUCUCUGGAGAUGGCAGCUGCGAAGCUCAUGCUCGAUGAGGUCCACGAGAAUCUAUCGUCACAACUGAACGACCAUAACUCUUAUUUAUUUGGGAAUAUUGGACAACAUAAUAUAGUAAUUGCAUGCCUGCCACUUGGUGAAUAUGGCAUUGCGUCUGCCGCUGCUGUAGCCACGCAGUUACAAUCCAGUUUCCGCUCGAUUCGCUUUGGUCUGAUGGUCGGCAUCGGAGGAGGGGUGCCAGGGGAAGGUGAUAUUCGCCUUGGUGAUGUUGUGGUCAGUAGACCAACGGGUACACACGGAGGAGUGGUGCAAUAUGACCACGGCAAAGCAUUAAGAGGCAGAUUUCAGCGGACAGGCAUGCUCAACCGUCCACCUCAAAUCCUCUUGACAACUCUUAAUAAAGUACAAACGAACUACAUGACCGAAGGGAGCCGAGUCCCGAGAUUUCUCGACGACAUCAAACGCAAGAUACCCAACUAUGCUGCAAACUUCGCUCGUCCAACUCAAGCGGACUGUCUCUAUAUGACCGACUAUGAUCACGUCAUUCCCAACUCCGAAACUUGUGAUGGUUGUGAUAAAAACAUGGCCGUCCAACGAGCCAAUCGAAAGGAUAACAACCCUGUUAUUCAUUAUGGGAUGAUUGCGUCCGCGAAUCGAGUUGUGAAAAACAGUCACCUACGAGAUAAUCUAGGUCGUGAACUCGGGGCAUCCUGUGUGGAGAUGGAAGCGGCGGGAUUGAUGAAUAAUUUUCCAUGUCUCGUGGUGCGCGGCAUUUGUGAUUACGCGGACUCCCACAAAAACAAAGAAUGGCAACGAUAUGCUGCGGCCACGGCAGCAGCAUAUACCAAAGAACUUCUCCUGGAAACACCAGUCAUCCACAUUGAUCAAGCACAGACUGUGCAAGAGAUUCUGUCUGAUUCUGAUACGCAUUCGGUUGAAGCAAGCGAAGACGAGGAUGAAGCAAGCGAAGACGAGGAAAGUGAUGGUGAGAUCUUGGAAAGUAGAGGCAAUGCCUCAAAUCACCGUCGUGACAAAUGCUAUAACUGUGGAAGAUAUGGACAUUGGAGAAACGAAUGUGGCUCUUUCAAUCACUAUGCCACAACAUGCACUCGACAAAAAGGGCAUUGCUACAGAUGUGGAAUUUGGGGACAUUUUGCAGAGACAUGCCAGAGACCGUAAUAUUUGUGUUAUCAAAACGGAAUUCGGGGAUACUACAUAUUUGUAGAAGAUGGGGGACAUAUAUGUAAGCUGCAAUUAUAAGGAUUUACGGCAUAAGGAAGUUAAGCAGGUGAACUAUCAUACAUUAUCUUCUGCCAGAUUUCUAAUGUGUUUGGCAUUACUGUUAAUGAGGUUGCCUCAAAUGAUGACCACCGCUAAGUGACUGAUUAGUAUUAUGAUAGGUGACCACAUGCAAAUCCUGGCUGUUGAAUGCUUUUCCUCCUCCUCCCCUUCUUUAUCUUUGGACUCUAU